UGGACUAUAAAGUGUGCUAGUGACCGUAUUAUAUACUGUAUCAAAGGAUAGGCAGAGAUAUGCCACUGUCAUCAAGGGAUGUUACCAGUUCAGUGGCCAAGAGACUAAAAUAUUACAUUGAUGUUGAGAGAAAAGAAGAUGGAUUUGAUCUUUCUGUUGCUGACAGGACAGCUGUGAGGACUGGGUGCACUCUGCUGGCCCCGGGGAGGUUGCAUGACCGCAGUCUGAAGCACUACUUCAGGGACUCGGGGGACAGAGCAACGCUGCGGCUGGACUUGGAGAGAAGUGGAGAGAGCAGACAACCACCGCUUAGUCUUGUCAGGCAGCAAUCAGUCAGGAAGAAAAUCCAGACAGCAAUGACCAAGAUUCAGUUCACUAAUGUUGUUCCCCUUGGUGCCUACAAAGUGCAGCCUUACACUGGCAGGAAGAGAGCACCAAGCCAUUGGCCAGAGGCCUUAUCUGUCUCGCGAGUCCCUCCCCCUUACGUCACAAAGGGGGAGCUGGUCAGGUUGGUCUCCUCAGCUUCCAAACUCAUUGUGGCCACAGAAGUGCUGACGCUUGGCUCCGGUGACCAGGAUGUACUCCAUCUCUCAGUGGAGAGAGACCAAUCAAAGAAUUGGAACUCCUUACCACAAAUACAUAUAAGGAAACAGAGGUCAGACACAGCCUCUUCUGUGGGGGGUGAAGGCGAGGCUGCAGAGCAGAGGUGUAACCGCUCAUCUCUCACCUCAACCCUCUGCACCCACGACAGCACAGAAGAGGAUAGAAUUCAAGAAUCAAGUUUUUUGGCUGAGAACGGGAGUGAGAAAGAUUAUAGUGUACCGACCCAGCACAGAGAUGAUGAAGGAGAGUUCAACAAGAAGGACCAACAAAAGCAAGUGGUGAAGAGGAGGGAAAGAACUGCAGCAGACACCACCAGGGCUUCCUUGAAGUCAUUUUCCCACUGCAGCUCAGAUUCCAGCUAUAAUGUGCUAAGUGGGGCGCCCCCAAGUGCCGGGAGGGUUCACAGCAAACAGACACAAACAAGGCAGAGGAAGAGCAGCCUUGGAAAGGAUGGCGUGAUUCCCCAUAGUGAGGGAAAGGGCAGGAUCCUGGCCGGGUCGGAGCAGAGGAAUGCCCCUAGAUCCAGAGUUGGAUUCAGAAAGAGAUCAGAUCACAAAUCCCAGCACGGGUCACGAGGCAGAGUGGCGAACACUCAGGAGGAAUCACGGCAGGAGAGUUAUGAUAGAGCUGGGGGAGAGGGUAGGGAAAGGCUUAUCGAGACAGAGAAGCCAUCAGGUGAAAAAGCAGAGGUGGCCAAGUCAGAGGGCAGACUUACUGAGUGUGAGAAACCUCACGGAGAGCCGGAGGGGCUGCAAACAGAACAAGCUGAAGCAGGGGACCAUGAAAGACAGCAGAGUAGACGUGAUGGGGAGGAGGGCCUAUAUAAUGGAAUGAGAAAAGAGUGUCCUGAUAACACAGACGAGAAUGCUCCUGAAGGAGAGAGAGAAGAGGGCAGCGCUGUGGAGAAAGACAUGUGUGGGGAGGAGGUGGGUGAGAAGUGCGCACGAGAUGACAGGAGAGAUGAGAUCCUGGAGAAAGAGAGAUAUGAAUAUGCUUGUGACAAAGAGAGGAAAGAGUGUCGCUGUGUAGUGGAGAAAGCAGAGAAUGAAGGUAAAGAGAAAGACGAGUUACUCCAUGUAGCAGACAGUGGCAAGGACAGGGAGGGUUCAGCUCAGAGUGAGGGCUGCAUUGAGUAUGGAAAGCACCAGGUUGGUGUGAGAGUGGAAAGGAAUGAGUCAGAGGAUCUGGGGGCUACCUUGAGACCAGAAACGCCAGUCAUUGACUCUGCCGAGUCGCUUCCUCAGAUCCAGGCAGUUGAUGAAGUCGAUAGCAGCAGCAGCACGUCUCCUGAGAAAGUUAACCAGAGCGCUAUCUGCCUUGGAGAUCUCCAGACUGACCCUGAAAGAGUUGAUCAUCAAGACUGCCAAAGAAGACUGGAUCACCAACCCGGGUUGGAAACACAUGACUGCAAGCUACCUGAAAAGGUUAACCAGAUCCACAGCGCCAGAGAUCUCCAGGCUAGGUCCGACGAAGUUAGAGAAACAAAUCUGUGGCAAGAUCGUCAGCAGCGAGAGACAUCCGAAUCAGAAAACAGUGCUGGGGAUCAGAAGGGUAAGGCAGGGAUCACCCCCGAGCCACUACACUCCUUCCUGCACAGCUGCUUGGCAAUGUCCUCCUGUGAUACUGAUUUCAGCACCAGCAGCCCAGGGUCGAAGGAUGAGAGGAAAGACCAUGGUGGAGGGCAAGUAGCUGCCAGUGAGAUCACAGAACAUUCCCUGGAGCAGGGCAAAGAGGCAUGUGGUUGGGGAGAGGCUUCCCCUGGCCAUAAUGAUCCGACGCUGAGCCUUUAUGAAGCACUCUUCCCUCCCAACUCCCUUUCAGAAGAUUGUGAGCCUCACACGCCACGCAAGAGAGACGAGGAUACCGACACUCUGAACUUACUGAUGACUGACACAAGCUCUGUGCUGUCAGAUGUAUCCAAUUCAGAACUAUCUGCUAGAAGCGACACCAUCGUCACCUCUGCACUCUUUGAGAGUCCCAGCUGCUAUCAUGCUUUUCAUAUCUGAGAGUAGCCUUUUAAAAAAGCAAGGCAGUGGAGUACAUUGUGGGGCAAUACAGUGGUCUAAGGGGCUGAUUGUUGGGAAAUAUAAAUGAUCAGCCAUUGAAUUAUCAUACAUGAAAUAUCUAAAGGCACCAAGUAAGAAUCUAGUACAUUCACGUGGGCUCUAAAAUAUGAGGGAAUGAUUUCUGUUAUGAUUUGCACAGUGGUGAUUCUUUUACAGUCAUUUUAGUGGCUAUGCAAUCACAAUACGCAAUAAAGGUGCUUGCAGUGUA